GUUUUAAAACAUUAGUUGACUUCACAAUCAAUUGUGUAUUGCUUUUAGACUAGAAGUGGGUCUCGAAAAUAGUGCACAACAUUAGUGACAACACAAACAUCACAAACAACACAAUUAUUUCAUUGAUUUGUGUUUACAUUGAAUGCAUUGAAUUGACUUUUGAUCACAACUUCAAUACUAAACACUUAAACACUAAACUAUUAAUUGGUUUUCAAUUGGUUUUCAUUUGAUAAGACAGUCAUGAUUUGUAUUAUCAUCUGAUUGUUGUCAUUAUUGUCACUCAAAGUGUCACUCAUUUGAUGGUUUGUUAACUGAACGAAGUGGUCACAGAUGUCUUACGACUUAUUGGCCAACUCGUCGCCAAUCGGCGACCAAAGUUUGACCGAAUCGGAGACGGAAUCCUUAAAGCACUCAAUGAGGUCUCAUAUGAAGUAUGGCAGUACUGGAACCGAUUACAAGGGUGUAAAUCGAUACCGUUAUAUCACUCAUUUGAUUCAACCAACAGAUACAUUACAGGGGUUGGCCGUCAAGUAUGAAGUGACUGUGGAACAAAUCAAAAGAGCCAACAAUUUGUGGUCAAAUGAUAACUUAUGGUUGAGAUCGCGGACACACAUAUCAAUACCAGUGGUAAUUAAUACUGAGACCAACAUAGAGUCACCUCUAUAUUCAUCGAGUAAUACGAGUUCACUAACGACUAGUCCUAAAGAGAUUAUUUCAAACAGUAUACCAAUGACUACGAACAACUCGAGCCUCGAUAGUGUCGACAUUCCUCUCGAUGACAAUGAGUCAAACUCUUCACGUUUAGAUGCAAAUCAAAUGAGUCAAAACAGUCGGAAAAACGAUCAUAAAUUAAAAAAUGGUUUUAAAACAUUAGUGUCAAGUGAUGGUCAGACACAUGAUUUGGAUAGUUAUUGCAAUAAUGGUAACGCAGAUGAAAGUGCAGCAGAUUUUUUGAUACGUAUUGACAGUUCAAUUGCCAAAACUAAAGACAAAGUGAAAGAUAUGCAACAAAACCGACUGAUUGGUACUCAUUCGGAUGAUGACCUUUUUCGGUUCAACCAUAACACCGAUAGGUCUGCCUUAAGGCGACAUCACAGCAGUACUUCACGACCACAUUCAGCCAACUCUUCGGCCAAUUCAAAUCAUAGUGAUUUUCCGCAACCAUUAGUGAUGAUGAGUCAUAAGAGGAAAGUCAAGUCUUCUCUCAAACGUUUGGAGCAAACUCAGGACGAGAUCUUUGAAUUAUGAACUCAUUCUUUACUCUAAUUUUCAUAUAAAUAACCGCUUUUUUGUUUAAUCUCUCCACCGAUGCCUCCGAUCAUUGGAACCAUUAAUGAUUGAAAUAACACGUGACAAGACAUGACAUAAAUUUUUAAUUACAACUCUUCAUAUCAAAUGAUGGAUUGUUUUAAUUUGUAUUAAAGUUUAUAAUAUAUUUUAAAUUAAUAUAUUGAUUGUU